AUGGAGCUCCUUGCCAUGAGCAGACAAGUCUGUAAGACACCGGGUGUGGGGAGCCAGGGCUUCUCUAGCUGGUCGGCUGUGGAGUUUGCCAGCACGAGGAAGAACUAUGUAGCUCGCUCUGGGGCAGCUAGUGUAAGGGCUUAUGGGAUCCGGAGCAGAGCACCUGCCUUUGGCAGUGGAAUCCUCUAUGGCCUGGGUGGCAACAGGAAUCUCUCUACUAGUGUGGCAGCUGGUGGCUUCCAGAUUGGUGGCUUUGGCGGAGUUCAAGAAAGCUUUGGUGCUGGCUCUGGGAAUGGCUUUGGUGGUGGCAGAGGAAUGGGAGGUGGCACUGGGAAACCUGGUGUCUUUGGACCGGCUGGUGUCUUUUCGAGGCCUAGAAUCUCUGGCUCUGGGGGAAUCCAGGAAGUGACCAGCAACAAGAGCCUCCUGCAGCCCCUCCUUGCGGAGACUGACCCCCAGGCUGUGGAAAUCAAAGUCAAAGAGUAUGAAGAGACCAAGGCCCUCAAUGACAGGCUCGCCUCCUUCCUUGGCAAGGUACGUUUCAUGGAACAACAUCACAAGGCCCUGGAGACCGCCUGGGAGCUACUCCAGCAGCGGAGUCCCAGCUCCAUCACCAGCACCAACAGCCCUGACUCUCAUUUUGAUAGCUUCAUCAGCUCUCUGCGCCGUGACUUGGAUGACAUCGCUUCGGAGAUAGGCCACCUGGAUUUAGAGCUGAGGGACGUGCAGAGCACAGUGGCAGACUACGCAAAGAAAUACGAGGGUGAAAUCAACAAACGAAAGGCUGCUGAGAAGGACUUUGUGACUCUGAAGGAGGAUGUGGACUCUGCCCACCAGGCCAAGAUGAAGCUUCAGGCCAAUGUGUAUAUUCUGAUAAAAGAAAUCAACUUUCUGAGGCAUCUCUUUGAGGAAGCAUCCCAGUCGCAGAACGGUGUCAGUGACACAUCUGUGGUCCUCUCCAUGGACAAGAACUACAGCCUGGACUUGCACAGCAUCAUUUUUGGGAUCCGUACCCAGUUUGAAGGGAUAGCUCAGAGGGACAAGGUGGAGGCUGAGUUGCUGUACCAGACCAAGUUGGGGGAGCUCCAGACCACAGCUGGCAGGCAUGCAAAUGACCUGAGGAGCAUCAAGGGCCAGAUGACAGACAUCAACAGGGUUAUCCAGAGGUUACAGGAAGAGAUGGAGAAUGCCAAGAAGCAGAAUGAAAAGCUGUCUAAGUCCCUCAUGAAAGCUAAGCAGUGUGGUGAGACAGCAACCAGGGAUGCCAAUACCAAGCUUCAAGACUCACAGGCUGCCCUGAAGAAGGGCAAAGAUGACCUGGCUGGGCUGCAGAGAGACUACAAUGAACUGUUGGAUGCCACGGUAAACUUGGAUAUGGAGAUUGCUGCCUACCACCAGCUGCUGGAGGGUGCCGAGUACAGGUGA